UCACUAAACAAACUCACUCACAACACAACACAACUUCAAUUCAAAGCUUCAAGCUAUAAGCCCAACAAAGCUUAAAGAAAAAAAGAUAAGAAAACCAAAAAUAUUACUAACUCUUGAAAAAUGAAAAUGGGUAGUCCUAGCAUGGGAGGCUCAAAGAGAAGGCUCUCAAGCAGAGGGCUUGGAGGAGCCCUUAGGGAGCGAAGGGCAAGGCUUUACAUAAUUAGAAGGUGUGUGGUCAUGCUCCUCUGCUGGCAUGACUAGAAUCCCAGCUUGAUUUCCAUGACUAUGGAACAAGAUUUGGUUAUUUUCUCUUUGUUUUAUUCUUUUCUUCUUCUUCCUUUGAUUCAUAAGGUGGAGUGUAUAUAGCUGACGGCUGGUUAUUUGUGGGAGAGAUGUAACAAUUUUUUGUAUGGAUUGCUGGCCUUAUAAAUACAUAUAUGGCUUGGCUUUAUGUACAUCAGAAAUAACAGUGAAAUUAUUUAUAACAAUUCCAAUUUUAUCAUAUAUUCAAAGCCUAUUUCACUA